AUGCAUUCCCUGCGCAACACUCGCCUCCCAUUCAAAGUCUCUCUUUCUCUAUUGAGUCUGAGCCUCAUCCUUCCAAUCCAAACAUCCGGCCUCUUAUUCAAACCCCUAACCCUACCCCCAAGCCAUCCCUUAUCUCUCCAAUCAUACCAACCACUCACCAGUGCCACCACCACCACCACCAUCACCACCAAUAAUACAACACCAUCACCUCUAACUCUAUCAACAAACAUGACCCUCUUCUAUCCCGCCGAAACAGCUCCCCACAAAGCCACCAUCCUAGGCUUCCCGUCCACCCAUGCCGUGCCAAGGGACUUACUCAACCAAACCCGCAACGAGAUCAUGGAUCUAGCGGUUGUUAUCUCGGAGUUCGAGCCCGUGCGCGUGCAUGUACGGCCCGAGGAUGAAAGUCUCGCUAGGCGGAUUCUGAAUGAGCGGUUUCAAAAACUCGAGGAUAUCAAUAACAACAACAACAACAACAACAACAACAGAACCAAGAAAGCCAAAGCCAAGCGCUUCAACCUUCUUAACCGGAGAACCAGAGACAAUAAUAGCAAAGAGGAUGAUAUACCACAAUACCACCUCGACCGAAUAACCUUCCACCCCUGUCCAACAAACCACCCCUGGGUCCGCGACACAGCACCAGUCUACGUCCUCGACAAAUCGAACCCCGCCCACCGCAUCGCCAUCGACUUCGGCUUCUGCGAAUGGGGCGGCAAGAACCUCCGCGAAAUAAACGUCCGCAACGAACCACUGGGACUAGAAGCGGAUGGAGAAGAUGAGAGAUCACCAGUCUCCAGCAGAAAAGGCUAUGCGGCUCCUGAUAAUCGGCACUGGGAGAAUGCGCGGUUUGCAAAGAGGGUUCUGGAACGGGAAUUUGAUCUCGAUGAGCAAGCUGAGAACAACGAAAUAAAGGUGGAAAGGGUUGUAUCGCCGCUGCGUCUCGAAGGCGGGGCCCUCGAGGUCGACGGCGAGGGGACAUUCCUUGCAACUGAGAGUUCGAUUAUCUGCCCGCACCGCAAUCCUUCAAGUUCCUUGACAACCAGGGAAGCUAUCGAGUCGCACCUGCGCGCUCUGUUGGGUGUUACCAAGAUAAUCUGGUUCCCCGGCCGGAAGGGGUUAGAUAUCACGGACUGCCAUGUUGACGGGGAAGUCAAGUUCAUAGAGCCGGGCCUUGUGGUGCAGAACAAGCCACAUCCGAAGACCGGGAAGGCGGAGAUGGAGAUCUACAAGGAGAUCAAGGAGAUCCUGGGACGGGAGACUGAUGCACAGGGACGCAAGAUUAGGGUUGUGGAGCUUGAGGCGGCGGAUCCGGAUCUGGUAGGUUGGGGUGGAGAUUAUGAUGAGGGUGGUGAAGAGGAACUGGAAAAGGAGCAGGAGGAGGCAGCUGGGACGUAUGUCAACUUUUACUUUGUGAAUGGGGGGCUGAUUGUGCCUGCGUUUGGGGAUCAGAAGAGGGAUCGAAAGGCCGUUGAGACACUGCGUGGGUUAAUUUCACCAGAGCGCAAGAUUCGACAGGUUUAUGUUAGUGCUUUGCCUCUCAUGGGGGGUGUGGUGCAUUGUGUGACUCAACAGGUUAUCUGA